AUGGGAUGGCUGUCGAAGCCCGCAGUUGGAGGGACCCUGCAGCAGACGCGGGGCAUGAAGGUUCACAGCUCGGUGAAGAAGAGGUGUGAGCACUGCAAGGUUGUUCGACGAAAGGCUGGCAAGCGACACAAUGGAUACCUGUACAUUAUCUGCAAGGCCAACCCUCGACACAAGCAGCGACAGAGCUAA